ACACUUCAAACCGAAAAAAUCACGCAAAAAUGAGAAUCUGGUCUAGCGAACACAUUUUUGAUCACGAAUGGGAGACAGUAGCCCAAGCGGCAUUCCGAAAAUAUCCAAAUCCGCUGAAUCGAUCAAUAACCGGAAUUGAUGUGGUCAAACAGACACUUGAAGCCGGAAAAAUACUCACAGAACGAAUUAUUCAGUCGCAUUUUAGUAUUCCAAGUUGGGCGACGAAGCUCACCGGCUUCUCUGGAACACAAUAUUCACACGAAUACACAGUUAUUGAUCCGACGAGGAAGGAAUUCUCAUUGACAACCAGAAAUUUAAAUGGCUCAUCAUUCCUGCGUGUCGACGAAAAGCUGACAUAUACACCGGCUCAUGAGGAUCCAAAUAAAACAAUUCUUAAACAAGAUGUUAUAGUCACAAUUACACUUCCAGCAUUCGCCGAUUAUUGUGAAAAAACAUUUUUAAGCAUUUAUUCACAAAAUGCUAAUAAGGGUCGACAAGGUGUGGAAUGGGUGAUUGAUCAUUUGAAAAAGGAGUACGAGGCGAUUUCUACAAAGGUGAGCUCCGAAGUGCACGAAAUGUCUGAGAAGGUGCUCCGAUCAUUUGGAACGACUUCUUCUUCUUCGCCAAAACCAUCCACGCCGCCGCCGCCGUCCACUUAAGAGAAAAUCAUAAAUUUUUUUUACAAAAUAUAAUAUUUUUUCAUAGAUUUUCUCUAGCUAUUUUAGUAUUGAUUUUUUUUUCUCGUGCAUCCUGAUGCCCCCCGGCUUUAUUUCCCAGUUUUUCACUGAAUUUUUAGGCCCGAAUUCCUCCCAGUUCCAGACAAUUCUUCCCUUCCUUCUGACUGUAAUUUUCCUCCCCCGCCGCACGGGUUGCCCCCCCCCCCCCCAUUCAUUUUUCUCACACACAAGAUUUUCGAUGUUUCCCUGAUUUUUUUUUGCUUAUUAUACGUUUGGCGGAAAUAGUCGACGAAUGAAUAAUAUCGAAGA